CGGGCUCACGUAGCUCUGGCUCACUCCAAAUCAGGCUUCAGAGUGUCAAAGUAGACCAUUAGCGCCACCACUAUUACCUUGGGGCUAGUUCAGAGUGAGUGGACCAACCGCUGUGAGGUUCUGGAUACUGGUAGGCCUACUGAGAGUCAGGGCACUGAAGAAUGGGCUCGUUAAAGACCAUGUCAGGUGGACUGCUGCUGGGUUUAUGUCUCACCUUGCUGAUAUGGGGAGCUGAGGGACAACGGAACGGACGCGGUAAGAAGGAGAUAUCGGGCAGUGGCCCCAUCAACCUUGGCCAACAACAACGAGGCACCUGGUGGCCCCUGAUGCAGACCAGAGAAAACCUGACAGAGGUCAAAAGCAUCAAGUCCAUGUUCCAGUUCCGGACGUUUGACCCCGAGGGGGUGGUGUUCUACGGGGACACCAGGGAUGGAGAGGACUGGUUCGUCCUGGUCCUGAGGAAUGGCAUCCCCGAGAUGCAGAUCGGGAAAGCAGACAUCCUCGUCAGUGUGCAAGGGGGACCCAAACUCAACGACGGCAAGUGGCAUCUGGUGGAAAUCAGUAGCCAGGGGGAUUUUGUGGUGCUGGAGGUGGACGGCCAGAAGGGGUUGGUGGUGGGACUGAAGUCCAAAGAGACCAUAGAGGUUCUGACAGGCCAGAUCCGCCUCGCCCUCGGGGGAAUCCUGGUCAGCCUGGACAAGCUGCUCAUCCCGUUCCAGCCGGAGAUGGAUGGAUGCAUCCGGGAGGGGAACUGGCUAAACCUGAGCACCCCCUGGGAGACAGAGUUGAUUGGGGAGCCCUGGCCCUGCUACCAGAACAUCCAGCCAGGGAGCUACUUCUCCGGAGCUGGACUGGCUGCAUUCAACACCACAGACCUCCCUGGCCACCAGACAGAGGAUAGUGGGAUUACUAUUGACAUCCAUGGAGACUCCACUAAGAUGGAAGGAACAGUUCUGAGCUUGAAGACCCCUGGGCAGGAAUUGCCCAUGGUAACAGUGAAAGUCAACAACAACCCUAAGAAAGUCACACUGACCAUCUUCAAGCGUGAGUCCAUCACCAAACAGAGUUUCAGCAGACUGUACCUAACCCUGUUGAAGAAUCAAGUGAACAUGGACAUCGAUGACACGCACCUAACCUUCGAGAUCGACAGUAUACCUGACAUUCCUAGUAGCUGGAAAGAGGGGAUGAUCCUAGCAUUUGGGGGGCUUCCAGGUGAUGGAGUGUCCUACAGUAGCAUCCAAUACCUGAAGGGCUGUCUGGAGAAGAUCCAGGUCCAGGGACAGGCUGUGGAUCUGGACCGGGCUCUGUACAAGGACCUCUCCGUCUCCUCCCAUAGUUGCCCCUCAGAAGUCUGAACCAAGGAUAUCCUGACAGAUCAGAUCUGUGAUGACUGUAUAGAUAAUGUCAUUUAUCUCCAUCAAUCGCCCCUCCCUGGUCGCAUAAGCCUAUUUACAAAUCCCUCCUCCCCCGUCUGUAUUUUAACUGGCUCAGUCAGCAUUCCUUUACACACAGUCAUCCUUUUAACAAUGGCUAAGAGAGGUUUGACCAUAGAAUUAGGAAAAUAACCUUCUAAUGAUGGUCCAAAGGUCACCCAUGUUGGUGAGGGAGUUGGUCAACCAUGGUUUGCCAGUGCUGUGAUAAGAUAUUAUGUAAAACAAUGAACGCGAUGAAUUUAUCUGCACAGUAUGUGUGUUAGCUAGCUAGCCAGCCAGUUUUAGAUGUAUGAUUCCAUAAAGUGUUCUAAUUAACUGCCAAUAUGCCAACAUUCCAUUCAAACAAUGCAGUCAAUCCACAUCCAUACACUGGCUCAAAUCAGUUGAUGAUAGGACUUAGAGAAGUUGUAAAUGCAACAAGUACUGAUAUUGCAACAUAUAAUGGCACUCACAGCUUUCCAAUAAAAAAACAUCUGA